CUUCAUCCCAACCUGUGUAGCUGUAUCUAUAACGUGCCCCUGCAAGAGGCGGGGCACUCGGCAUUGAUCCGCCGCCGUCCUCGAAACAAUGCGCGCUUCGCAGCGUUUAGCGCAGCAGGCGCGCGUUGAGGGUACAUGCCCUCUCCCUCGUCGUGCUGUUUGCCCCAAUCCGCAGCGUGUGGCGAGCCACAAUGUGCACCUGCUGCAGCCUGUGCACCUCGCAGCGGCCAUCCCGCAGCGUAACCUAUCCGCAGCAGUGCGCAAGCCAAUUGUUUCCGUCCAGGCAGCUAGCACCACAGCUCCAUCGCCUUCAAACGCUGCUGAUGUAGUAACCGGCGUUCGCGGCUCGCACUGGCAGGUCCACAAAUUCGGUGGCACUUGCAUGGCGAGCGCCGACCGUAUUCGCGCAGCAGCAGAGCUUAUGGUUGCUGGUGUUGGCCCGGAUUCAUCCACUUGCGUUGUGGUCAGCGCUAUGGGCAACCACCCGACCAGCCCCAUCAAGGUCACCGACCUCAUCCUCAACAUGAUUAAGAGGGCCUCCAAGCAGGACGCGGCUUUCCUUGUCGACCUCGCAGCUCUGCAGGAGAAGCACGUGGAGACCGCGAAGCAGCUGCUGGGGCAGUCCAAGGAGCUGACCCAGUUCGUGGCGGAGCUCAUGGAUGACAUCACCAACCUGAAGGCCAUGCUUCAGGCCAUGAGCAUUGCCGGCAUGUCCACGGACGCCUUCAGCGACUUCGUGGUGGGGCACGGGGAGCUGUGGAGCGGCCGGCUGUUCGCGCUGUGCUGCAAGCAGCUGGGUGCUGACGUGGCGUUCCUGGACACCCGCGACGUGCUGGUGGUGAGCCCCACCAGCGACGGGGCGAGUGUGGACCUGCAGGAGGCGGACAGCAACGCACGGCUGGAUGCGUGGUUUGAAGCGCAGGGGAAGAAGAAGCUGGUGAUCGCCACGGGCUUCAUCGCGCGCAGCCCCGAGGGCACUGCCACCACCCUCAAACGCAACGGCUCCGACUUCUCCGCCACCAUCAUGGGGGCGCUCCUACGCAGCCGCCACAUCACCAUCUGGACGGACGUGGAUGGGGUGUAUUCCGCCGACCCGCGCAAGGUGCCGGAGGCGGUGUGCCUGCCCUCCAUGACGUAUCACGAGGCCUGGGAGCUGAGCUACUUUGGGGCGAAUGUGCUGCACCCGCGCACCACCCUGCCGGCCAUGAAGUACAAGAUCCCGAUCACCAUUCGCAACUUCUUUAACCAGGAGGCGCCGGGCACCCGUAUCAGCGACUUCGCCUCCGACGCGGAGGUGUGGGGUGGCAAGGCGACCAUCAAGGGGUUCGCAACCAUUGAUAACGUCACGCUGAUCAAUGUGGAGGGCACCGGCAUGGUGGGUGUUCCCGGCAUUGCCUCCCGCAUCUUCUCCUGUGUACGUGACGCGGGCAUCAACGUCAUCAUGAUCAGCCAGGCAUCCUCCGAGCAGUCCAUCUGCUUCGCGGUGAAGGGCAGCGACGGGCCAGCAGCGGCUCGCGUGCUGGAGGAGCGAUUCGCGGACAGCAUCGCGGCGGGACGUGUGAGCGCGGUGCAGGUGAUUCCCGCCUGCUGCGUGUUGGCGGCGGUGGGGCAGGGUAUGGUGGCGCGCAAGGGCGUGGCGGCCACCAUGAUGGGGGCGCUGGCCAAGGCGAAUGUGAACAUCAAGGCCAUUGCGCAGGGAAGCAGCGAGUACAACAUCACGGUGCUGAUUGACCAGUCCGACUCCGAGCGCGCCCUCCGUGCCGUCCACUCGCGCUUCUACCUCUCCGACGUGCCCAUCGGGGUGGGUAUCGUGGGACCGGGGCUGAUCGGCGGCACGCUGAUCGCUCAGAUCCGGGAGCAGCGGCAGCAGCUGAAGAAGGAGUUUGGCAUCGACUUGCGGGUGCUGGGGGUGGCGAGCAGCGGCAAGAUGAUCCUGCGCGAGACGGGGGUGGACCUGGAGAACUGGAAGCAGGAGCUGGAGGAGAAGUCUGUUCCCUGCGACCUGGACGCCUUUGGCUCCUUCCUGUCCUCCCACUACAUCCCUAACCGGGUUAUCGUGGACUGCACCGCCAGCGAGGCGCCCUCCAGCAAGUACUUCAACUGGAUGGAGAAGGGUAUUCACGUGGUCACCCCCAACAAGAAGCUCGGCAGCGGCCCCCUGGAGCAGUACCAGGCGGUACGGCGCAUGCAGCGCGAGGGAUACAUCCACUUCUUCUACGAGGGCACUGUGGGGGCGGGGCUGCCGGUCAUGGGCACGCUGAAGCACCUGCUGGAGACGGGGGACAAGGUGCUCAAGAUUGAGGGCAUCCUGAGCGGCACGCUGAGCUACAUCUUCAACACGUUUGGGGACGGGCGGCCGUUCAGUGCGGUGGUGCAGGACGCCAAGGCGCGGGGCUACACGGAGCCCGACCCGCGGGAUGACCUCAACGGCACGGAUGUGGCACGCAAGGUGUGCAUCCUGGCUCGCGAGUGCGGUCUGAUGCUAGAGCUGGACUCCAUCCCCGUCGAGAGCCUGGUGCCGGAGCCGCUGAGACAGGUGGGCAGCAGCGCGGAGUACAUGGCUCGCCUGCCGGACUUUGACGGCGAGAUGGACGCCAAGCUGCGGGAGGCGGAGGAGAGCGGGGAGUGCCUGCGCUACGUGGGAGUGGUGGACGCACAGAGCGGGCGGGGCAGUGUGGAGCUGCGUCGCUACCCCAAGUCGCACCCCUUUGCUCAGCUGCAGGGCAGCGACAACAUCCUCUCCUUCACCACGGCGCGCUACUUCAAGCAGCCGCUCAUCAUCCGGGGGCCGGGGGCGGGCGCGGAUGUGACGGCGGCGGGCGUGUUUUCGGACCUUCUGCGGUUGGCGGCAUACCUGGGGGCG